AUGGGUCGAGACUCUUACCCAUACAGGCUGGGGUCUGAAGUCUGGGACUGUGGACUUUAUAUAUCCAAUGUAUGUUUCUUUCCUGUUGAUUUUGUAUUAUUGUUUUGGGACUCAUACAUCAAAAUAUGUUUCUUAACAGGUCUGGGCUAUGGAAGCCAGGUUGUGGUUUUGUAUUCCAGCAUCUAUUACAUCAUCAUUCUGGCUUGGGCGUUCUUCUAUCUGUUCUCCUCCUUCAAUUCCGAGUUGCCUUGGGCAAGCUGUCGAAAUGCAUGGAACACAGAGAACUGUAUGGAGUUUGACAAAGCCAGAGGCCUACUCAAUUGGACAGUUUAUGAAAAUGCAACAUCACCAGUGAAAGAGUUUUGGGAGAGAAGGGUUCUGAAUAUCACAGACAAUGUAUAUGAACUGGGAAAUAUAAGAUGGGAGUUAGCCCUGUGUCUUCUUCUGUCAUGGAUCGUCUGCUACUUCUGUGUAUGGAAAGGAGUGAAGUCCACUGGCAAGGUGGUGUACUUCACAGCUACCUUCCCCUAUGUGAUGUUGCUGGUACUGCUGGUCCGAGGGCUCACUCUGCCUGGAGCAGCUGAUGGCAUCAAGUUCUACCUCUACCCUGAUCCAGCACGCCUGGCUGACCCACAGGUGUGGAUGGAUGCUGGCACCCAGAUUUUCUACUCUUAUGCAAUUUGCAUUGGAUGUCUGACUGCUCUGGGCAGUUACAAUAAGUACAACAAUAACUGUUACAAAGAUUGUAUUUACCUGUGCCUGUUGAACAGCGGGACCAGUUUUGUGGCCGGUUUUGCCAUUUUCUCUGUAUUGGGGUUCAUGGCCUAUGAGCAAAAUAUUGAUAUCUCAAUGGUAGCAGAAUCAGGUCCGGGCUUGGCUUUCAUUGCCUAUCCUCGAGCAGUUUCCAUGAUGCCUUUUCCUCAACUCUGGGCUGUAUGUUUCUUCAUCAUGAUCAUUUUGCUAGGGCUGGACAGUGAGUUUGUAGGCCUGGAGGCUUUGAUGACUGCCAUCACAGAUAUGUUCCCCAACUUCUUCCACACUGGCAAACACAGACGCAAGCUCCUCCUGCUGAUGAUCAGUAUAGCAAGCUUCUUCAUUGGCUUAGUGAUGGUCACUGAGGGUGGGCUGUAUGUCUUUCAACUUUUUGAUUACUAUGCCUGCAGUGGGAUGACUCUGCUCCUGUUUGCUAUCUUCCAGUCCGUGUGUAUUGGAUGGGUCUAUGGUGCUGACCAUCUGUAUGACAACAUAGAGGAUAUGAUUGGCUAUCGGCCUUUGCCCCUUAUUAAGUAUUGUUGGAAAUAUAUCACACCUGUGGUCUGCUCUGCUACAUUGGUAUUCUUCCUCAUCAAAUACAGCCCUUUGAAGUUCAACAACAACACUGAAUACCCUUGGUGGGGUUAUGCCAUUGGUUGGUGGUUCACCCUCUCAUCUACUUUACUGGUCCCCCUUUGGAUGAUAUAUGCAAUUAUUUCUACACCUGGAAGUCUUCGACAGAGGCUUCGGGCACUGUGCACUCCAGCCUUGGACCUUCCUGAGAACUUGACCCGAAAGAAUGCUAUCUACUGCCCUCAGAACCCCGAGUGUGGGCUCCCCUCCCAGAAAACAGAGACAGCAGUCUGGAACAAGUUCAGAGACACUGGCCCUCUCUAGAUACAGUAUAUCUUGGAAAGUGCCCUUCUGUUCACACUAAGCUCUGGUAGAGCAGUAACAAUGUAAGCGAUUUUUCGUAUUGAUCAUCUGUGGUUGGCUGCUAAACACGACUGAAAUAGGGUAUGCUCUCUUUUGGACUGUGUCUUCAAACUACAAAGUUAAGCAUCUAAGUGUUCAAUAACUACAGUGGGCGAUUUUUUUUAUUAUUUUCCUCUUGAAUAUUUUAUGUCCAUUUGAUAUGGGAUCAAAAAGAAAGAUCAUUUUUCAACUUCCGGUCUUAAUGAAGCAAAAGCCACUGUUUAAUGUUCCAGAUGAGAUGGUUUAUUUUGACAUCUCAAUCAUCUUUUUAGAUGGGUUUUGGUCAUCCAUUUUAUACAGAUGACCAGAAAUAAUUCACAGUUUAUACAAACAAUGGCAGAACAUAUUAAACUCUGCUAAGAGCUGUUCUUCAUCAAAGUCUUUAGACCAGAUGCCAGAUUUUUUUAUGUGUGUGUGUGUCUGUGUGUGUGGUUAUAACAGCACUUAGAUGGUUAAUGUCAUCAUAGCUGUAACUAUGACUUUAACAGGAGGUGUCAUGGUCAUAUUUUUUACAUAUAUCAUUACAAAUACAGGAUAUUGUGCUUUAUAAUGUUUUAUAACAAAUGAAAUACUUCGGUGAACACUCAAAAAGGUAUUGGUCCUCUUAUGUAGGGUAAAAUAUGACAUAUCUUCUUAAUAAUGUGUUUUUUUUAGUACACAUGGAUCAUGGAAUGUGCCAACACAUGACCAAAUAUCUUUCCUGGAACUCUGACAAGUCUGUGCCUUAGGUGUUCAAGACUAAAAUCUGAAUAUUUUGUACUGAAUAUGUUUGUUUAUUUUUCUUCCUACUACAUAGGUCAGUAAGGGUGGGGGCAUUAUUGUUGAUGAAGUAUAAAAGCGGUGAAAUGAGAUGUAUUUGUCUUUAUUAUCACAUUCAUAACCAUCCGGUUUAUGUUGUGAUUUGCAAAAAAAUUCAAUAAAUGUGAAAAGAA